AUGGGUUCAACAUCCUCAGAAACGAGCUCCAAAGCUAAGGACAAUGUGUCAACGCUUGUGGAAAGUCAGGAUGAACAGCCGUCACCACCACCUCGUCCAAAGUUCUAUUACAGCACACUAUUCCAAAUCCUGAUUGUAGGAUUAUGUGCAUUCUGUGCGCCUGGGAUAUGGAGUGCAAUGAAUGGUUUGGGCGUGGGCGGAUCCCAGAGCCCAGACCUAGUCAACACGGCCAACGCUUUACUAUACGCCUUGAUGACAAUCACCUGUUUCGCAGGUCCCUUCAUCACAAAUGCAAUUGGCUUCCGCUGGACCUUGACAUUGGGCUCACUCGGGUACCCGCUCUAUGCUGCAGGGCUGUACUUGAACAACCGCACUGGCGCGACAUGGCUAGUGUAUCUCGGCUGUGUCACUUGCGGCAUAAGCGCAGGUUUCUUCUGGAGUGUUGAAGGUGCCGUCGCAACAGGAUACCCAGAGCAACAUAAGCGCGGUCGCUAUAUUGCAACCUGGUUUACCUUUCGCAAUUUCGGCAACAUUAUCGGCGGAGCCGUGUCACUCGGUAUAAACCAUAAGGUCAACCAGCGUGGACAGGUCGGGUACCAGACAUAUCUCGCAUUCAUCGCUAUCCAAUGUCUGGGACUUAUCAUAGGUCCUCUCUUGUCAAACCCGGAGCAAGUCCAACGAGAUGAUGGAACGCGCAUUGAGGCCCCUCGCGGUAUUCAUUGGCGUGAAGAGCUCCGCGCGAUGUGGCAACUGGCUAGAAGUAAAUCGAUCUUACUCCUUAUCCCACUCUUCUGGUAUUUUGGCUGGAUUCAAGCAUACCCUGGCACAUAUCUUGCGACCUAUUUCACCGUUCGCGCGCGUGCGCUUGGAAGCUUUAUGUCUGCUGUUGUCGGGACACUAGCGACUUGGUUGGGUGGAUCUCUGGUGGAUCUCCCGUGGUUGAGGAAUCGGAAACAUAGAGCAAUUGUCACAUUUGUCUUGAUUGCACUCAUGAACAGUGCCACGUGGAUCUGGGCUGUCAUCAUUCAGAAUGAGUAUCGACACACUAACCCUGUGUUGGAUUGGGGCAAUCAACGCACCUUCGGCCGUGGAUUUGGGCUGUAUCUCUUUGAACGCAUCAGUCUCGGCUUGGUCGAAAACUAUAUCUACUGGUGUAUCGGCAAUCUAUCAGACUCACCCGGUGAUCAAAUUCGGUACAGUUCACUGCUCCGUGGAAUUGAGACUGCUGCAGUUGCAGUCGGAUUUGGCGUUCAAGCUGUACCGACUGCUUUGAUUGCCACAGCUAGUAUCAAUCUAGGUCUGUGGUUCAUCGCUUUGCCGUUUAGCUAUUAUGCUACUCUACAGGUUGUUCGGAAAUUUGAGCUGUUAGAAAAAGCGAAACAGAGCCCAGGCGAAGGAAGCGAUUGA